UCAAGACGCAACCAGAGAGCAGAAGCGCGUGAGGCGAGAACAACCUGAUCCAGGGAGGCUGAAAACGGAGAAACGCCAAGAGAGAGAACAGAGAGACCGACAGGGAGGUGCAUGAGAAUAGAGACACGCUUAAGAUAAAAAAUCCAUAUUUCCAGUCAAGUGAAUCGCGCUGUAGUGAGAAUAAUCUGAAUUUUGACAGUUGAGCGUCCAGAGAAUUACGCAUUCGAGGGUGAACCAACUUUUACGCACGGAUCUUUGGAGAUGAGGGGUGUCACUUAUGAGGAGACUGCUGCAUUGUUGAACAAUUUGACUGCGAUUUAAGGACCAGAGCUCGGAGUCUGAUCAUCUUUGAGUGGAGCUUUGACUGAAGAGUGGACACAUGUCAAUUUAUCUUUAAUUAUACAUUUGGAGACGUUUUUGGAUUCGCAGCAGGAGCUUAUUGGGACUGUCUCUUACACCGCAGAUUGAUAUAAUAGGAACUGAGUGGCUGAAGCUUUCGUGUAUCAUAACACCUUGCAUUACGCACCUGUCCUAGAGUACCCUUGACGUCUCCUUUUGAGAGUUUUCAAAACACGAGUAUAGACAGAUUCAGACGUCUAGCCUGCGUGUGAGUCAGCGUGAGCAAACAUUUGGACAAGCGGCGCACAUAGGCAGUGACACAUUUGGGAUAUAUAACAGUGCGUGCCUUGCACAAGCGGGCAGCUCACAACAACACCGGGACGAGGCUCGGUGCUGCCGGGGGAUUGGACACCGAGGUGCUAAAUGCCCAGCCGGUCGCUUGCGGCUCUUCAGGCUGGGCGGCAACAUGAGAUCCUGGGUCCUGCUGCUGCUACUGGCUGCGCUUUCAGCGGCCCGUCUGCGGCUUGGCAGCGCUGAGGGCGAUCCGCUCCCUACGUCGCUGGUCGACCUGGUGAGGAACUCUCCCAUCUCCUCUGUGGAUGACCUCAAGCUGUUGCUGCAGCAGGAGACUAAUGCAAUAGAAGAGGAAGAAGACGAGCAUGAUAUUCUCACAAACCACACCCACGGCCGAUACACUAGAAGUCUUGUGGAUGCACCGCAAGCUCAGCAGGCGGCGUGUAAAGUUAGGACCGAGGUGAUGGAGGUGACGAGGUCCAUGCUGGACCGCCGUAACGCCAACUUCCUGCUGUGGCCGCUCUGCGUGGAGGUGCAACGAUGUUCGGGCUGCUGCAACAGCAGGCUGCUGCAGUGCGUCCCCACUGUCACCUCCAGCAGAUACCUACAGGUGUUUAAGAUCCAGUACAUAAACAGGAAAGUCCACUACGACAAAGCCAUCAUCUCGGUGGAAGACCACGUCAGCUGCAGGUGUCAAGCUUCUUCAUCGUCCUCCUCGUCUUCUUCAUCUUCUUCGUCCUCUUCCUCCUCCAGUGUUCCCAUCUCUCACACCACAGCUCAGAGCAACCCCAACCCCCCUCCUCCUCCUCCACCUCCACCACAGCAGCCUCCCCCGUCCUCCCACCUCCCACGGACCGCCCAUCCUGCUCCAACCAAGACUCACACCUCCAAGGCUGACCUCCAUCGCCACGACGACCUGAAGCACAACCAGCAGCACUACCGCACUGAGGAGCGUGAGCCGGUGGCGAGGCAGUGGCAGCAGGGGAGCUACACCCAGCUGGUGCACUGGACGCAACCUAGGGUGCACCAGGCACCAACGCACGUGCAGGCGGGGGUGCACCAGCCAAUUACUGGGGUGCUCAGGCCGGUCAGCAGCUGGCCAUCUGAAGCGAGGGGGGAGCACAGUAUUAAGGCAGGUGCUCAGCCGGUUGGGCAAGGGAGCGGAUAUGAAGGGAGCAGGGAGGAGGGCAGCGUGGGCGUAGCAAACAGCGGCAGUGGCGUGCAUCAUCCCGAUCAUGCACAGAGGCAGCAGCAGUUGUUACAGCAUCAGCAGAAAUAUCAUCACCAACAGCCCAAUCAUCAGACGCCGUUUCAGCCAUAUAACCGCGGAGGAUCAGAGGAUUAUCACCUCAAUACUCCCCAAUCAGACAGCGCCUCUGCACUUGUUAAACCAACCCAGUCGCCCAAAUUAGAACAAAACCCCACCUCUCCUGAACCCACCAAACAGAAAGACUCAGUGACCAGCCAAAAAAAUAUAGAGGUCACAAAUCAAAAACAGACGAAGACUGAAACAGCUAGUCAUAAACAAGGGAACGAGAGGGAGGAAAGCGGGUCAGCCAAUAGCGGGGACUCGGCCGGGGCGGAGCUGGCCAAUCAGGGACAGAAAAAAGACUCUAAAGUGACCAGUGGGGACGGUCAUUUAACAGAAGAGGAGAGGAGGCUGAAACUUCUGGAGAUGGUACAGAGGGAACCAGACCCACAGACUCAUCUUCAUCCACAUCAUCCUCAGCAAAGACCAAAGCCAACCACAUUUAAAACAGUCGUCUCUACUGCGGCUCCUGUGUCACUGUCAGCCCGUCAGGCUCCGUUCCGACCGGCCUCGCCUCGCCGCAGGAGGAAACACCGCAAACGCAUCAGCAAAGCAGCCAUGAGAGCCAUGAUCAUGUAGAGCUGCAGGAAGCUGUAAAGCUAACCAAAAGCUUGAGGCCAAACAAACUGCUCCAAAGGGAUAUGGAGAUACUGGAAUAAUGGGAUUUUUCACUGUGGAAAGACCCGAUACACCUGGUGGACACUGCUGCUGUUUUCAACAGACAGUUGCACAAAUCACCUCUUCCGCUCCACUCAUGAGGACCGGAUGUUGUUUGGCUUUCGCCGAUUGUCCAACUUCAUGGAUAUAAUAUGAGUGUAAUCUUAUAAACUCCUUGGACUGGAGGAUAUUUGCCACACUAAACACUGGAAUUCAUAUGUAUGAACCACAAGUCCCAUUACUGUGGAUCGAUGGACGUCAAUCAGAUGCCCAAGGCUAGACUGGUGGUCUCUUUGACAGCCAUUGAUUGGCUGCUUGAACACUUUUGACUUCCACCUCAACUACUGAUUGGUGAACAUGAUUAUGACUUGGACUUGUAAGUCAUAAUAUGGAGCUCAAGUUGACUUGAGAGUGAGACUGGAGAUAUGGAGAACUAGAUUUCUACAUUGGGACGAUUACUGGAAACUGAAAAGUGCAGCUCAGACCUUAAUGCCAAACAUUACUGUUAUUCUGCAAAUCUGUAUCUAACACUGGAGUAGCCAUUCACUGAUCAUACUACAUUGACUUUAGAAAUGUGCUCUAUGGUGUACUGUAGCUUAACGUACUGGAAAAUAUUGAUAACCUACUCAUAUUGUUCUACUGCCAGAUCAAAUGGAAUAACAACCAAAUGCCUGCCUAGAUAACAUGCUAUGAAUAUCCACAUUAAAACAAGUCUUAAAGACCUGGCUUUUAGAGAUCGCUGUGAGCCAGUUAUAGCCAACACUGUAUGUAUAAAUGCUUUUAGAGAAUGAUUUCUGGGGGAAAAAAGAAAAAAACUUUAUUUCUUAACUUAUUUAAAAGGACGAUAUGAAGUCCUCCAGUUCUCAAGUGUAAUUAUUGUUGCAGAUUAUAAUUAUUGGUUGUACACUGUUAAUGAAUGUUAUUUUUAAUAUAAAAUAAAAAUGUUCAAC